UCUCUUUCGAUUAUAAAAGGCCCUUUGUCUUCCACGAGAAUGAGACCAAGAAGCAUUGAUCACGCACAACCCAGUGUAAGACUUCUUAUAAAGACCACAUCAUCCCAAGCCAAAAACAUCAAACAAUCCAUUCUUCAUUCGUCCUUGAGUUGUCUUACUCUCACCAAGUCCCGCGUCGAUCUCUCUAUCACAACAAAAGAAAAACUGCCAAAAUGGUCGCCUUCCGCCAACUCGCCCUCCUCGCCGCCAUAGCCCUCACCGCCACCGCCAUCCCCGCGGAGCAGCGCAGCGAAGUCCAGACGCUGGUCAACCCGUCCUACCAGGUGGCCAGCAGCGACCUCCCCACGGGCCAGAGGUGCGGCACGAACAUUUGCUGCAAGGACCAGGUGUGCUGCAACGCGAGCUGCGGCAUCUGCACUCCUCCUGGCGGCAUGUGCAUCCAGAUUUACUGCCUCAGGGAGUAAAAGGCCAAUCGACGCCAACAAAACAUAAGAAAAGAAAAAACGAAAGAAAAAAAUGAGAUUGAGAAAAUCAGAAACUACGCCCAUCUUGUUGCUUGUUCCUCUUUUCGGCUUGGGGAACCCCGCAGUCUGAGUAAAUGGGUUCGGAGGAAGAGGAGGCUCACUGGUGGAGGGACAACUUUAUCAAGUGUUGCUCUGCUUCUCGGGUUUGGAGCGUUCAUGAAUGGCCAGCAGAGGUCGUUUUUCUCGAGUCGGCGAAUAGGGAACACAGCGGGGAGGAAGGUUGUGGAUGGUUUCUCGGUACAUCUUAAUACUCUCAGUCUAUAGUUCAAUAUUAUAUGCACAUAGGCCUACCAGGGACC